UUUAUCGUUUGUUUCAGAUUGGACAAAAAGACUAAGGACCUGCAGAUAUCAGAACGAAAUGUACUGAUAUUCGAGACGCGCUGCAACGACUUGCAGUCGCAGUUCAAUCAGUCGCAAGCGGAGCGCAAGAAGCUGGUUGAGAAGGAGCGGGAAUGGGAGAAGGAAGAGACUCGAUUGAAAGCAUUGCUGGACGACGUUCGUAAGCACCUGGAGGAAGAGACCCUCCAGCGAAUCGAUCUCGAGAACAAUAUUCAGAGCCUCAAAGAAGACAUCAGUUUCAAGGACCAAGUUUAUCAGCAAGAAAUUUCAGAGACUCGUACGAGACGACAAGUUGAAAUAUCGGAGAUCGACGGUCGUCUCUCGAAGCAAUAUGAGGCUAAGCUGCAGCAAUCCCUGCAAGAAUUACGCGAUCAGUAUGAGGCGCAGAUGCGUGCUAAUCGAGAGGAGAUCGAGCUUUUGUACGAGAAUAAAUUUAAGAAUUUGACAUCUCACGCUCAGCGUAAUAGCGGAGUCGCUAACAUAGCAACAGAGGAGUUAAGACAGGCUCGCUCUCGAAUCGAAAGUCUUAAUACAAGAAUCAACGAACUCGAAGCAGCGUUCAAUUCCGCUAAUGCACGCAUAAGGGACUUGGAAAACUUACGAGAGAACGAACGUGCUCGUUACACGGAAAGCUUGGCUGCAUUAGAAGCGGAAUUAACGCGUAUGCGAGAUGAAAUGGCUCAACAGUUGCAAGAAUAUCAGGACCUUAUGGAUAUUAAAGUAGCGCUUGAUUUGGAAAUCGCUGCGUAUCGCAAGCUACUCGAGUCGGAAGAGGCUAGAAUGAACAUCACACCUAUGCAGUCGACGAACACGUCUCUGUCUACUGGUAGAGCAACUCCGUCUAGACAUACUCCUCUUAGAGGCGGCAAACGGAAACGCACUUUGCUGGAGGAAACCGAGGAACGCAGCAGUAAUGAUUAUAGUGUCACGGGUACUGCUAGGGGUGACGUAGAGAUUACGGAAGCAGAUCCCCAAGGACGAUUCGUAAAACUCACCAAUAAGGGCAGUAAGGAAAUAAGCUUGGGUGGAUGGCAGAUCAUUCGCAAAGCCGGUUCUCUGGAAACUACCUUCAAGUUUCAUCGUAGCGUAAAGCUCGAUGCAGGUGCUAACGUGAUGGUGUGGUCGGCUGAUAUCGGUGCAACACACGAGCCACCAUCCAACAUUGUUAUGAAGGGUCAGAAGUGGUUCGUAGCAGAUAACAUGACUACAACACUGACAAAUAUUGAAGGAGAGGAAAUGGCUACAUCUGAGCGCAAGAGGCAGCAGUUAUCUACAACUUUGUCCCGACACAGAGAAAUGGGAUUCCGACCAACAGAAGAACUCCAUCAUCAGCAGAGCGAUCCCCAAGGUGAAGAGCGUUGCCACAUUAUGUGAACAUAAAUUUACCAUAAGUUUAAGAGUAACAUUAAAAGAUUUUAAAAGCUUGUAUGAUAAUGGGGCUUCUUAUUCCGUAAGCGCCGUUUAGAAACUGAUAAAAAUUAAGAAAAAAAAGAGAUCAUGCCAUUAACACACAGAAAUUAAUUUAGAGUACAAUAUCAGAGAUAUAUGAGAUACAAGAUUCAUUUGUCUGAUAUUCACUUCGAAGAGAAGGAGAAUAAAAGCAGAAAUGAUGAAUAUUGCAGUUGAAACAUUAUAUAACUUUCCUUACAUUUAUGUAAUAGAAUAUAUAUUAUAUAUGUAUACAUAUAUGAGAAGAUAUUGUAUAAUAUAUUUGAACUGACAAGAGUUCAAAUCAAAUUUAACAAAUGGGUUUCGUGAUGUGAAUGAAAUACGUUUUUUUUUUUUGCAUUUAUCAACCUCUAUUCAUUACAAAGGAAAAAGGGAAUUGUGCUAUUAUAUUCCGUUAAAAACCCACAGCCAUACAACGAUUACAGAGUACAGACGGAUACUAAUAGUACGCUUGUAUUUAGCUCAACUUCUUCCUCCCUAUUGUGUGCUGCGUUACAAGUUCAGGUUUACCACCAUUGUGCAUUCGUCUGUACUUCCAUCAAAUUGUAAUACCGAAGCAGCGAUACUUCGAGUGUGUUUUAAUGAUUAAUAAUUUCUUUAUUUGUGAUACGUUUAUGUUUGUUUAUUUUGUCCAGUAGAAAACAUUCAAAAGAGCGAUCGGGUUACCAGUAUUUGUCCUUUUAAGGGACUACGAGAUAGUAAUAUGAGACUGUGGGAAAGCUAAAUAUGAUAGAUGUACGACUGUCAAUUAGAUGGGACAGUUUCACCCUUCAAUGAACCCCGAAGAAAACGCUCGAUUAAACGUUCAAUUAAAUGUUAUUUUCAUUCUCCGACCAAGUAAUAUUUAAUUGAACGCCGCAUAUUUUUAUGCUAAUGUAGGAGUGUGUUCUUCGGCUGGGAGAACCCGCAAAAUUGUGUAUCGAACUGUACGAAUGCUGCCGAUGUCCAAUUGAUCUUUCUACAGAUCUUUCUACCGAUAAUUUCAUGGGAGGUAUGGGAAACGUAUUUGUUCCUACAAUCGCGCCCACCUGCAUUCAAAAUAAUUUUUCUUAAUUGUAUUCAACUUUAUAUCAUUUAUACUAAUAAUAAAAAUCGCAAAUUAACCGUACAAAUAUACUCGUGAUUAUUAUUUUUCAUAAUAGCGACAGCAGCUAACUGGUUUUAGGCGAACGUUAAGUUAAAGUAAGUUAAGUCUUUGAUAAGAGAGCGUAAAAAAAAAGCCGAAAAGAUUUAAAUGGACAAAUUGUUCGUAUUUUAUGUACAUGAAAAUCGGUUAGGUACGUACACAGAGCCGGUUUGUAGGGAAAAUUUUCUUCUCUUUGUAUGAGAACGCUAUUUUAUCAUAUUGAAAAUAUCCAAUUUCGCAUAAACCACAUUAAGAAUCGAUAGAUAUUUUCCAUGUUAGUCCGAUUUUGUAAUAAAACUCAUCAGUUAAAAAAUGUAUUGUAUUCUGCCAAUAAAAUUGUCUUGUUUCGUCA